GCGAUUAUCGGAGCUGGAAUUGGUGGCACUUCAGCAGCCUAUUACUUGCGGCAGAAAUUUGGAAAAGAUGUGAAGAUCGAUGUGUUUGAAAGAGAAGAGGUGGGGGGCCGUCUGGCCACCAUGUCAGUGCAGGGGCACGACUAUGAGGCAGGAGGUUCUGUCAUCCAUCCUUUAAAUCUGCACAUGAAGCGUUUUGUCAAAGACCUGGGUCUCUCUACCGUUCAGGCCACUGGUGGCCUGUUGGGAAUCUAUAACGGAGAGACUCUGGUGUUUGAGGAGAGCAGCUGGUUCAUGAUUAACAUGAUUAAACUUGUUUGGCGCUAUGGAUUUCAGUCCCUCCGCAUGCACAUGUGGGUAGAGGACGUGCUAGACAAGUUCAUGAGGAUCUACCGCUACCAGUCUCACGAUUACGCCUUCAGCAGUGUAGAAAAAUUACUGCAUGCUCUAGGAGGAGAUGACUUCCUUGGAAUGCUUAACCGAACACUCCUUGAAACGCUGCAGAAAGCAGGCUUCUCUGAGAAAUUCCUUGAUGAAAUGAUUGCUCCUGUCAUGAGGGUCAAUUAUGGUCAAAGCACGGACAUCAAUGCCUUUGUGGGGGCAGUGUCACUGUCCUGUUCUGAUUCUGGCCUUUGGGCUGUAAAAGGUGGCAAUAAGCUUGUUUGCUCAGGGCUCCUUCAGGCUUCCAAAAGCAAUCUUAUAUCUGGCUCAGUCAUGUUCAUAGAGGAGAAAACAAGGACCAAGCAGACAGGAAAUCCCACAAAGAUGUAUGAAGUGGUCUACCAAACUGGAUCUGAGACCCAUUCAGACUUCUAUGACAUCGUCUUGGUGGCCACUCCGUUGAAUCGAAAAAUGUCCAAUAUUACUUUUCUCAACUUUGAUCCUCCAAUUGAGGAAUUCCAUCAAUACUACCAACACAUAGUAACAACGUUAGUGAACGGGGAGUUGAAUACAACUAUCUUUAGCUCUAGACCUUUAGAUAAGUUUGGCCUUAGUACAGUUUUAACCACUGAUAGUCCAGAUUUGUUCAUUAACAGUAUUGGGAUUGUGUCCUCUGUCAAGGCAAAGGAAAGUCUUCAGCCGUCAACACACGGAACUUAUGUUUGGAAGAUCUUUUCCCAAGAAACUCUUACCAAAGCACAGAUUUUGAAGCUCUUUUUGACCUUUGAUUAUGCUGUGAAGAAGCCAUGGCUCGCUUAUCCUCACUAUAAGCCCCCGGAGAAAUGUCCCUCCGUCAUACUCCAUGACCGACUUUAUUACCUCAGUGGCAUAGAGUGUGCAGCAAGUGCCAUGGAGAUGAGUGCCAUUGCCGCCCACAAUGCGGCGCUCCUUGCCUAUCACCGCUGGAACGGGAACACAGACAUGAUUGACCAGGAUGGCUUAUAUGAGAAGCUGAAAACCGAGCUAUGAGAUGGCACGAUCUCUCUUGUCCCCUACUUCCAAGUGAAGAUCACUGGCAAGAGAGAAUAGCAUCUGAGCAGAGAUAAUUUUGAAUCGGAUCUUUCGCCAUCAUCAUCGUUUAAAAGUAAUCCCUGUGGGUCAAGAAUAUGCGAGGUUCUGGUUACGUGUGAAGCUGUAACUGUUGCACUUAGGCAAUCUCCAACAUUUCUGAACUAUACUUUCAGUAUUCAUCAGCAGUGUUUCCCAAACUUGUCUGCUCGUGACCUGGAGCUUGUUAAACAACCGGAUUCUCAAACUCCUCUCUGGGAGAUUCUGAUUUGGCAUCUGGGGGUGGGGCCCUGGAUUUUAAUCAGAACUGUGGAGCAUUUUAACCUGAGGGAGAACUUAAAGACAUCUUAGCUGGGGACUAGUCCAUUUGAGCUUUACAAUUGGAUGUGAUCUUCAGUCAGAUAAAACGAGUAUGGGAGUUUAGUGUCUUAGGCCUUGCUCUUAGUAAUUUUAUACUGUUUUGAAGUAAAUGUGCCCAUGCCUAAAGCCUUGACUUUCAGAAUGUGGUCUAUCGAUUGUUUCUGUGUUAAUUUUAUAAGGGGUGAAAUUUAGAAUUCUUAGUAUUACAACCUUAAGAAGUCAUAAAAAAAACUCAAGUAAAUUGAAAAGCAAAUAUGUGCUAUUUAAUCAAGAAACUGGCAUUCUAUUAAAUCCUCACUUGUGCUUUUCAAAAUACCGAGACACCCACAACCAGGGAUUCAGAUUUAAUGGAUUGAGUACACACCUUGGCAUGGUAGCUUUGUAAAGUUCCUAACGUGCAACCAGGCUUGAGAAUCACUGAGGUUGGGCAAAAUGUCUACAAAGGGUUUUUAGUGCCUUGAAAGUCCUAAGAAACCCAAUCCAUAUCAAAGCAGAUCUAUUUGCAAGGAAUAACUUCUCUCAACGAGAACUUUAGUAGUAAUCUUGAUAAGAAGCAUUGACAGUCUAACUGCAGAGGCAACUUAGGUAACUCUAGAGCAGUUGGCACUAGAACAGCAUAUUCAGAAUCUCAGCAAGCCUGACUAAAUCCAGCAUAUGUUCAAAGUGUUAACUGUUUCAAAGUUAUUGUAGCAUUCUAGGUGAGCAAUUGGUUGCUGAAACCUUAAGACAGUGACUGUCAACCUUUCUGCAUGUUGGAAUCACUUGUAGGGCUUUAGUGUGUCCCAAAUAAUACCAGUAUGCAGCCAAACUUGAGCUGGUUUUACAUCUACAGUACGAAGAUCAUGACUGGUUGUUAGAGCCGCUGGUGGUACACAAGUAAAAACUUGAGAAUUAAAAAUAAAAUUGCAACCAAGUUAACACAUACUAUUAGUUUAAAAAAAGUCUUUCACCAGAUUCUGGCAGUAGCUACUUUAGCAAAAUAGCAUGAGAACAUUGACUCAGUAAAAAUUUCAUUCCUACUACAGUUGUGAAUAUUAAUAUGCUGAUAAACUGCCAAGAUAUAUUUGAUAACAGAGGCAGGGGUUAAACUCAUGGUUUGUCAAAGGGUCAGCUUUUCUCUAAUUUUAUUCUUAACAUGUUAAGAGGUAUUCAUAUUUUCCUUUUGUGGUUUUAAUGAAGACAAUUUGUAGAGAAUGUAAUACUGUUAUGUAUAUUGCUAAAUAUUGGUAAAUAAUAAUAAGUUAAUUUCUAUCAUUUGUAGACUUGUUUUGCAAUGAGAUAUAUUUUUAAAAGUAUACCGAUUUAAAAUGUUAAUGGUAUUAUAUCAAACCUAUUCUGGUUUAAUUUUUCAGGAGGGCAUGAGAUUGCUUUCUCAAAACCAAUACAGGUCUUCAAUACAUCAAACAUAUUAGGCAGUUUUAAUACAACUAUAGUAUUAAAAGAAUACUUUUUUACUGGGAGACAAAUACUAUCAGAGCCUGCUACUCCAGGCAUGUUAGGUCAUUUUAAUGCAACUAUAGUAUUCAAGAAUAAUUUUAUUGGAAGAAUACUGUCAGAGCUUUGUUAUUUCAGGAGACUGCUCUAGUCCUCCUUUUACAGAAGAGACUGGUAAAAAUGACGCAAGAACUAAGGAAAGCCAGCACUACUCUAGUGGUUCUCCAGCUGAGUAAGCAUGAGAAUGACCUGGAGGGCUUGUGAAAACAAAGCCUGGGCCCCACCCUCAGAGUUUAUUCAAUAGCUUUGUAGUGGGAUACAAAAAUUUGCAUUUUACUAAGUUCCCAAGCAUGCUACUAUUCGAGGAGCUACAUUGGAGAACUAGUACUUUAUCCCCGCUCUACGUUAUUGCAAAAAAUCACCGCCGAUGAAGACUUACAGAGCUGCUGAAGAAUGGAAGAAAAAAUGGACUUUGCAUUAAUUCUCCUUAGCAUGAUUGUGUUUAAUCCUGCUGUUCUUGUUAUAAACAUUUUCUAUAAGACAUGCCAUUUGAGAGAGAUAUAUAUAAAAGUUAUUCAUUGUGUUGUUUUACAAGAACUUUACCCACUUGUGUAUAUUCCAUUCUGUGCAGUUUUAAAGUGAUUCAAGAUUUGCAGGCUUUUUACCAGAUUACAGAAAGAAGAGGCCUUCCUCAAGCAUUUGUUUGGUAAGGCUUCUUAAGGUCAGGUUUAUAAUGCAACCAUCUGUAAUAUCUCUCUCACUUGAGCUUUCGGACCAUAAAGAAUAUAUUGUGAACAGCACUUUCACCGUCCUUCUCUACUCACAAAGAACCACAAUACACUGGAAUGUUUUUCUCUGGAAUCCUUUCUACUUUUGUUCAAAAAUUUCCCCAGUUACUCAUGUUCAAAAUAAAUAAUUACAUCAUUA